AUGGUAAUGGCAGCAGCAUGUAACAUAGUUCAUGAGUAUGUCCUCAUAAUCUCGUGUCUCGGUUUCAUCGUCACCCUCCACCACCUCCUCUCCCUCUUCGCAUGGAUCUUCCGAACCUGCUUCCGAUCCGAGAAAAACCUCGUCCGAACCUACGGUUCCUGGGCUCUAGUGACCGGAGCCACCGACGGCAUCGGAAAGGCCUUCGCCUGCGAGCUGGCACAGCGGGGACUCAACCUCAUCCUCGUCAGCAGAACCUUCCAGAAGCUCGAAGCCGUUGCGCGUGAAAUCAAGGCGAAGCAUCCAAACGCGCGCGUAAAGGUGGUUGAGAUGGACUUCGCGUGCGGCGACCUCUCGGAGGGGCUGCGGCGCCUGGAGGAGGCGAUUGAGGGGUUGGAUGUUGGCGUGUUGGUGAACAACGUGGGGAUCACGUAUCCCAGUGCGAUGUUUUUUGAUGAAGUGGAGGAGAGUGUGUGGAGGAAGAUUGUUAGAGUGAACGUGGAAGGAACAACCAGAGUAACCAAAUGUGUUUUGCGUGGGAUGUUGGAACGGAGAAAGGGUGCCAUCGUUAACAUUGGCUCCGGUGCUUCGGUGGUUGUGCCUUCCCAUCCUCUCUACACCGUCUAUGCUGCCACCAAAGCUUACGUGGAUCAAUUUUCAAGAUCUCUCUACGUGGAGUAUGGACAAUAUGGGAUACAUGUGCAAUGUCAGGUACCACUGUACGUGGCAACGAAUAUGGUAUCGAGGGUGGCUUGUAUUGAGAGAGAUUCAUUGUUUGUGCCAACACCUGAGGCUUAUGCAAGAGCAGGAGUUGAAGAAAUCGGAUACAAACCAAAGUGCACACCUCAUUGGGCUCACUCACUUCAGUGGUUCUUCGCACACUUAAUCCCCGACCCUCUCCUCGAUGCUUGGCGAUUCUCCAUUGCUGUUCGUCGCAGGAACCAAAACCAAUAA